AUGAAUGGUAAUGAAAAUGAAGAUAAAAUAGGAGGAUUAUUUUAUAAUCCUUUUGUAACAUCUUUUUUUUCAGUUUCAUCAAUUUUUUGUUUAUUAACAUUUGUAAUAUCAUUUCAUUUAAUGUUGAAACAUUUUAAAUUUUAUUCAAAACCUGAUCAUCAAAGAUAUAUCAUUAGAAUUAUUUUUAUGAUACCAUUAUAUUCAAUUUUAACACUUUGUACAGUUUUAACUAUUAAUUAUAAAAUUUAUUUAGAAUUAGCUAGAGAUUUGUAUGAAGCAUAUGUAAUUUAUGUAUUUUUUGCAUUAUUAACAUGUUAUGCUGGUGGUGAUGAAAAUUUAAUAAAUCACUUUGUAGUUCAUGAACCAAUCUCAAUAUUUGAGAUUAAAAUUCUUUAUUUAUCAGAUUUAAAAUAUAAACCAAAUCAAAACUUUUUAUAUUAUUGUAGAUUAUCAGUUUUUCAAUAUAUUGUUGUAAAACCAUUAUUAACAUUAAUUGCAAUUGCAUUAAUACAAUUUAAUUUGUAUGGUAAUAGUUUUUCACAAUUUAAUAAAUUUUAUCCUUAUAAAAUUAUGGUUCAAUUUGUAUCAGUUGGUUUAGCAUUAUCAGCGAUUUUAUUAUUUUUAAAAGUUACCUAUAGUUUAUUAUUACCUUAUAAACCGAUUUUAAAAUUUUUAUCAAUUAAAAUAGUUUUAGGAUUUUGUUUUUGGCAAAGUAUAGUUUUCAUGUUAAUAAAUAAAUUAAAUUUUAUUCCAGAUUUAAAUGAUAUUAAAGCUUCUGAACUUUUGGAUUUAAUAAAUAUAACUUUAACAACAUUUGAAUUAUUUAUAGUAUCAAUUGUACAUGUUUAUGCAUAUCCAUAUGAUUUUUAUAGAGUGAUUGCAAUUAAUUCUCAACCAUUAUUAGUUGAAAGGGUUGAGGUUGGAAGUUUAUUUGAUAAUAUUUUCCAUACUAUAAAUCAACAUGAUAUGGUUGAAGAAACAUUGAAAUCAAUUAAAGGAUCAUCAAAAACUAAUUUCAAUGGGUGUAUUAUUAAUGGUAAUUAUCAAGGUUUAGUAUUGAAUGAUGGUGAUGGCGAUACUGAUGAUACUGAUGAUACUGAUGAUAGUAGUUGUAUUGUUGAAAAAAUUGAAAUGGGUGAAUUUCUAUCACACAAUCAUCCACAAUCACCAUUACAAAUUUCUCAAGAAAGAGAUAAUAAAAAACAAAUAAAACUAAAAAAAAUUAAUAAAGAAAAUGAAAAUGAAAAUAAAAAUGAAAAUGAAAAAUGUGAAAAAAUUGAAGUUAGUCAAUUAAAAAAUGAAAAAAAUGGAAAUAAUGAUUUAAAUGGUAAUAAAUGUAUUGAAAUGGAUGGUGCUGAUGAUUUAACAAUAAAAUCAAAUGAUAAUAAUUAUAAAAAUUGUGAAAUAGAAAUAAUAAAUAAUACCAAUAAUAUUGGUAGUUGUGGUGGAUCUAGUGGGUUUAGUGAUAUUAACAAUAAUUGUGAUAAUAUAAAUAAUAAUAAUAAUAAUAAUAAUAUAAAUAAUAGUGCAGUAUUGGUUAAUCAAUUCAUACAAAAACAACUCGAUGAAGAAUAUAUUUCAGAUGAUUUAUUUUUAAAUUUAAUUUCAUCACAUAAUGAUGAUAAUGAUUGUGAUGAUCAAAUGAUAAUUGAUGAUCAUGAUGAUAUUUCAAGUAGUAUAAAAAGAUAA